UUCUGUUUUUGCAUAUUGUGUCAUAGACAUCACCAUCUUCCUGUUCCGCCAAUUUUGAUAGGGUAGUGUUUUCUCUCUUUUUCAUUACAGGAUACAAAUAUGGCUGUCUCCUUUCGAUGACCUUUGAGUUCGCUGAUUAAUAAUAAUAAAAUCUUUGUUUACUUCGACUAUCUUGGUAAAAGGAAACUAAACUGAGACGUGAUAUUCUUGAUAUCAAAAGUUAGCUUUUUGAUAAUAAUGGGAAGGUCUAUCUUUUCGUGAUCGAAAUAUUAAAAAAAACAACAAAAAUACAGACACGUGGGUUCUCUGUGAAAUAAUCGAUAGAGGCGCAAGGCGCGUGCGCCAGUCUCUAUCAACAAGACUAUUAUACGUCAAGGUCAAUCGACGCAAACACGUGCAAUGUCGGAUUCUAUUUACACACAUGAUUUUCUCUUUGAGCCAGGCGUAGAGAUAAAACAGGAACUACCGUAUGAACUGGGACCCAUGUCUGCUUCUGUGCCUAUACCGCAACGCCGCAACGAUCUCGGUGACUUCAGCUCUGAAAUAGACUUAUGCCUUCAGGACAGCUUGGCUGGUUCAUUUCACAGUGUUCCUUCCAUGCAGUAUGGUAAAUUUGAAGCAGAUAAUUCUUCCAAGAUCGACACAUUUAAAAUGGAUGAUGAUGAUAUUUUUCAAGUUGAUAAAGCCGAUUUAAUAUUAGGACCAACUUUGGCUGAACUUAAUGCAAAUCCAGACACAUUAUUAGAUGACUUGAAUAUUGAUGACUUACUGCUUCCGGAGGAGAGUGGUUACUGUGUACAAAUUGGAGGUGUCAUGAGCGGAUCGCGGCGUGGACCUGGCAUGCAGACUAACAAUGCCAUGCCAACUGAUAGUCCCUGCAGUCCUUAUGGUCAAGUUCAACAGGCUUUUUCACCAGCAAGUCAGCACAGCAGUGCAUCAUCAAGUUUUGCACAACCUAUGAACCAGUUACCAGAGAUGUUACUUCGUAUGGAUGGCUACAGUGGUGAAAUAGUUUUAGGGCAGUCGGUACCAGCAUCUACAGUACUGCCUCCAUACCCUACAAAUAUUAAGCCUCAACAGACACAGCUUUCUUCAUCUGCACCAACACAUUUGACUAUGGAACAGAUAUGGCAGAGAAGGGAGCCACGUAAACAUCUACUAUCUACCAGCUCAUUGGCUGAGGCAGGGUCUGCUUCAUCAUUGUCUGGUGGUCUAUUAAGUCCUGGGGCAGGAGAGUAUUCACAAGAUGAAGAUGAUAGAGACAUUGAAUCUGAUGAGGAUAGUGAUAGAUACGAAGAUCUCUCCUCAGAUGAAUCCAAUGAUGAGUCUGAAACUAAACAAGCACGGCAUAAUGCUAAGAAAGAAAAGUAUUUUUGGCAAUACAAUGUUCAAGCAAAAGGUCCUAAAGGUCAAAGACUGGUUUUGAAUAAAAAGUCAGAGGAUCCACAUAUAUUGAACUCUGUAACUGAUCCUGUAUUCAGUCCUAGCUGCAGUGUAAGAGGAAUCAAACACAGUGGUAAAGCAAGGAAAGGCGAUGGUAAUGACCUAACUCCUAAUCCUCGAAAGCUGUAUGUAAUCGGAAAAGAGCUAGAUAAUUUGGGCAAAGUCAUAAACGAUAUGAUACCUGUCAGUGAGUUGCCUUUCAAUGUUAGACCAAAGACACGAAAAGAGAAGAACAAGCUGGCUUCUAGAGCCUGCAGAUUAAAGAAAAAAGCCCAGCAUGAAGCAAAUAAAAUUAAACUACACGGGUUGGAAAAUGAGCACAAGCGACUUCUGAAUGGAAUACAGCAGAUGAAACAUGUAAUACACAGCAGAGUUAAUAUGCAGAGUGAUGUUGACUGGAAUACACAUGUUAAAGGAAUAAUAAACACAGCCACUGAAGUGAAAAUUGCUGGUAAGACUUCAGAAUUUGUGAACAGAAUUUUAGACAAUGUCAGGGCUGGACAGACAAAUGGCGGUCUAAAUGAUAUUUAAUAGCUGAAUCCAAUAACAGACCCAGAGGUGAAUAUAUAUAUAGUAUAUAUACAUAUACAUGUAUAUUUGUACAUAUAAAACGAAAGGCUGUUCUAUGUACCUCCAAAGUUAUUUAGAGAUGAGAGUUUUAUGUUAUACAUUAUAUAAACUUAAUUGUCCAAGACAAUCUUUAUUUUUUUAAUAAAACAAAAGCAUAGGAUAUUAGUCAUUAAAAGCUUUACAAGGCAACUAUCAUGUAAAUUAUGAUGUUAAUUAAAUUUUCGUAUUUUAAAUAUCAUGAAUAAUGCCACAAGAAACAGUGUCAUGUUAGUAUGUAAGUUUAAAAAUAUUACUAAAUGUAAGCAUUCGUUUGUACAUAAUUUUAUAUCAACAAUACAUGUUGGCCAGAGCUCACCAAGGUUGGUCGUCUUCCCCUAUAUAUAUGUUACGGCAAAUGUACACUUUUUCCGGUAAAUGUGCACAUUUGCCAAAAAGUUAGGUAUAUGUGAUCUGAAUAUAAUGUAUAUUAUGUACGUUUCCCGGCAAAUGUGUACUCUUGCCUUCACGUUUUGGUAAAUGUAUACUCUUACCUUCAUGUUUUAAGAAAAGUUGGAAUACAAAUAAAUUAAUGUUUUUGCAGUAAAAAAAUAUUUAUUUAAAUAAACAUAAUACAAAAGGCUUUAAUAACGAAAAAUAUUUUAAUUAAAAAUGUAAAUAACAAACAAAACAUACGAACAUUGCGAACAUUACUAGCACUUGCGAUUUCGUAUUUUGUAUGCCAUGCUCACAUUUACCAAAACGAAAUGGUCAUUGUGAAUUCAAUGUACAUUUCCCUACUUUGAAAUGGUAAAUGUUAGUUGAAUGCACAUUACCCAAACGAGGAGGCAAAUGUGCACAUUUACCGGAAAAUGUGUAAAUUUUCCGCAAUAUCUACUUUUACCGUAACAUAUAUACGUUUAACUUUGCCACCACUUUGGAUCGUUUGAAAGGUUGCUUAGUGCCUAUAAUUCACAAGGCUUCCCCAAAUUGUAAAAGAUUUCUCUUGAGAUUUUGGAUAGCUCUAUGCUCGUCAACUAUCAGCCCUAUGAUACCCACUGCUGAGCAUAGGCCUCCUCUUUCUUAUGCCAUAAUGUUCGAUCGCCCGCCAUUCUCGUCUCCGCCGUCGGGACCAUGUCGAUAUCCAAUCAAAUAUCCCUUGUAAAUGCGCUUUUCCAUAUUCACCAUUUCUGUAAUCGCGGCAUAUUUUCUGAACACUUACCCCGCGAAUAAAGCGCUUUUACUGAAGAUAAGUCGAUACCUUUUUUUUAAGCAUCGAAAGUAAGAAAUAGGCAAUAAAUCAUUUUUUUAACAGUUAAAAGUUAUUACAAUAGGCCUUAUCGCUUAUAGUGGUGUCUCCCAAGCAAUCUCGAAAAGAACUAUUAUACAUAAGAAGAACGUUUUUUUUCUUCUUCAAAAUAACAAAUUUCAGUAGUCUUGAUCAAUUUUCCGACGUUUGUGUUCGCCAAAGCGAGGCCAACAUGUACGGUGGCUUUAGGGUAAUGAUCAAAUCAAACAAGAAACAUAAUGUAAAUGUUUAUAAAAAUACUUGAAAAAAGGCCGUAAAAGGCAUUUAUAAUUAUGUAUUUUUUGUAUGUAUUAUACGAAGGAAUUAGCUGGGCUUUGCAUUUAAGACAGACAACUGCUUAAAAAGAAAUUUAAAAUUAUGAAUAGUUUACAAAAAUUACAAAGUAAUUUAACAUAUUGAGUAUUGGGAGAAAUACCACCACAUUUUAUCAAAACGAAUAACUGUUGACAGGGGUAUUUAAGUAGUAUUUUAUACAAUAGAGUAGAAAGCACACAUAACAUAAUAAAAAGUGUGCCUUUAUUUUCUUGAAAUGGCUACUGGGUAACUUUGACCCAUAAUUGAUUUUUUUUGCUUAUAAAAUCGAAAUUAGGGAUUUUGAUGUUUUAUUUGUUUUUGUUGGCAUCCAAAGCUGCUUUGUAGAUAAAUACACUUAAUUUUAUAAGAGAACAAAAAUAAAGAAAUAUUGGUCAAAAUGUUAAGGGCUAAAGUUGCUUGGAUAGUGUUUAUAGAUAGGUUUGGCUAUAGCUAAAUCUACAGGAGAAAUUGUAAAGUUUUUCGACGAAUGAAGUCUAAAUCUAACAUAUGCUUCACAUUUUCACAAUAAACACAUGUUAGUAAUCUAAUCCCAAUGGUACCAAUAACGUUAAUCAAAUCGCUCAAUCAUCUUUAUUUUUGAGUUGCCAGGUAAAUAAAAAAUAUAUGAGUUUAGUCGCUCCAUUCCAUGAAAAGUAGCGGAUCAUCUACCAAGUAAUAGUCCUUUAGUUUGGUAAUUUUCUGGUCAUCUAGGAAGCUGACUAUGUUCUUCAGGUGGCAAGUGAUGAGGUCCCGCUUUAGAGGCCACUUCCAGCCAUCUUGUGACUUUUCAUGACGGAUAUUUUUGCAGUAUUUCCUUUCUUGCAAAUGAUACGCUUCGGAAAUAAAAUGUCUUCAUAUUUUACGACAUAAUAAUCCUGUUUUCUGUUUCCUUUUCCCAAAUUAACUUUACUAGCGUCCUUAUCAGUAGACGCAGAUCCUAUAUUUCUAUAUUUUUUCCCAUUUAAGUCCACCCUUUCUAAGAUUCCGUUAAGGUUUUCACAAUAUUUCAACGACUUCAAUUGGUGAUGAAGAAUUUAUCUGUUGAUAUUGAAUGACGCCAGCAUUCCAUAACGAUGGUGAUAUUGGUAUGGGAUCCAUCAAAACACUAUCGGAGGAUAGAUCAGGAAAUUCGAAUAUAGUGUCGUCAUGAUUGACAUCUUUUGACGUCGCCAUACACAUCCCUGAAGGACCAGCUGUAGGUAUUGGGGAAGAAGGGCGAAGUACAGUGGAAGAAGGUGAUGUUGGGUGAUCCACGAUAGAUGUAACUACUUUCUUAACAGCUUUAUUUUGUGCUCUCAACCGGUCGCCCUCUCUUCUUGACAGGCCCAGGAAUACUAUCCGCACCAUAAUUCGAUGUUCGCUUAUUGGCCUUGGGUUUUCCAAUCAUUUCCAUUGAUAAUAUUUCUCCACAGCCUCCAUAGAAAAACUUGCCAGCAACAACAGGCAACUGAUUUUUUAAUUUAGUUUGGGUUGCAAAUCAGCUUCCCUAAUUUCAUUGAUAUAUUGUUUAAAACUUUCUCCAACUGCUUGGCGGACUUCUUCAAUAGGUUUGAAAUAGUCCCUCUCUCCAUAACCACGGCUGGUUAAAUUGAUGUAUACCGUAUUCUUUAAAACCAGCAAUAGCAUUAUUUGCAACGGUGUCGUUUCCUGCUUUUAAAGUUUCGGUAAGCAACUAAGAGAAAACCUCUUUUGGUAAAACAUUGGCAACUUUACCACGUCUCGUUUUUCUUCAAUUUGCCAAUACCUUCCGCCCGUUGGAUUUUAGAGAGCUGAAGUAUGACACGUCGAGAGGUUGCAGAAGAUGAGUGUAGUUGGGUAUGAGGCAAACAAAUUCGAUAUUAUUUUCAUGACACAGUCGUAAUUUCUUGGGAGUUAUGUGGGAGCUCAAAUUGUCACCAAGGAGUACUUUCUCUCCUUCCUUUUGUUGAAGAACUGGCAGUAGUUGUUUUCGAACUAGUCAUCAAAUGUUGCAGCAUCUAUCCAGCCUGAUUUAGUAACUGCCAUACAUGUUCCAGCAGGAUUUCCCUGGAUCCAACUGGUCCACUUUUGUUUAGCUUUAAAGAUAAUGUAUAAAGGCACAAAUUCUCCAGUGGCAUUACAGCAAAACAUCGUAUAGCAGGCUUAGUUGAAUUCAGUAUAAUUUGGAUUCUUGCAAGAUCUUCUCAAAAGAAGGGUCUGUUUUUCGGGGUUGUCAUGGAAUCCAGUUUCAUCAAAGUUCAAGAUGUUAGAUGGUGGCACAUCCUAGAGUUCUUCAUGGAAAUAAUCAAAAUAAUUCUGAACCAUGUCCUAUGUAACUUGAGAGUACGACUUAUCGCAUGGGCUACUUUCCGCUUAAUAUCGGGAUGUCGUUCGAGAAAGAGUUUCCCCCAUUCCCAACCAGGUAUAUCUAUGGGCUUCAGUAGUAAUGUUGAAUAUCGCUCAACCUUGAGCAGCUUCCCAUGGAAAGAAUUACAUUCUCAAAAACGACUCUAGAGCUUUUUGUAAGUAUAAGUUAGGUUAUAUUAAUUAGAAAAUGUUAUUUAACACAGUUCACAAGGCCUAUGGUUACGACUCCAGAAAUGUAUAUUACAAUCUUUCAUGACUUAUUUUAAAAUAAGUAAUCUAGAAACUUCAAACCAGAAUAUCGUAAAGCGCUUUUUUUCCGGGCCAAGAGACGAACCUCCUUCGAGCCUAGCCUAGGUGGCGCGCGGGGUAUGUGGGGUUUGACGGUCUGCAGAUGUUGGGAGCAGACCGCGGGCCUACCUAAGGAGUUUUAGAGCCCUACCGCACUAAACGACUCCCCUGCACUCUUAAACCCGACGUCAGAUCUCCGUCCGGGGUCAGAACCCGGUCGGAGUAGAGGGGUUCCUGCAAUCAACACUAUAACCAGACUCGCGGCGCCAUCCCGAAGAUGCCCGACCGACGGAUCGUCGGGGCCAUAGUCGACGGCUCUACCAUGCUGAUCGGGCGAUGUCCUUGGUGUUCCGAGAUUCCGUUAGGUCAGACCAAGCCUGCCGGGUCGGAACGCGAUACACCGCGGCCAAGUUAAAGCCGCGUAUCGACUACGCGCUCCUGGCGCGCGUGCCAUGAAUAACCGCGCUGAGAGUGCGUUCCGCGGAACGCGUGCCAAACUUUUGAAGUAUAUCAACUAAGCGCGCCUGGCGCGCGUGGCAACCGUUCCAGUGUUUGACCCUUCAUCAUGAAGCCAGUCGUGUACGAGCAGCAGCAGCUUUUGUAAUUAUUCACAGUAUUAUAAAGAAGAUAAAGGAGAAACGAAAAAUGCGUUGAUGGAUGAAAGAGCUGUACCGAAAAAGAAUGCAGUAUGGAGUGACCAGAGCCAGUGAUUUGACUUUUAGAUAUUCUCCAUUUUUCUCUUCUGUAUGAUGAUAGGAGCACAGUCAUUUUUUUCUUUAACUCCGGCACAGGGACUCCCAUUUCACUACUGACUUCUCUACAAGCGUCUUCUCUCAGCGAUUUGUUGUGAUAUGAAGAACUUUUGCUAUUCCACAGAAGUUCUUUUGUACCACACAGUUGUAUUAACUUACGGCUACUUUGGUUAUCCAUAAUGGGAGCGCACAAACACAAAAAAAUACGUGUUCGUCGCAAUAGGCGCGCGCGCCGCGACUGAUGCGUGGUAAAAAACCGACAGCCGACGGAACGGACCGCUCCGCGUUCGGGCGCUCCAACAAACACAUUGGCGCGCGUUCCAAAAUGGUAUCCAUUUCGCGGGGCUGGAGCGCGCACCAAUGUUCGAUCUCUUGGAGCGCUUAAUCGAUACGCAGCUUUAAUCGUAAAGCGUACCUUAGCACACUCCAUUAUUUUCACUCCUUUAUUACAUGAAGAUAUGUAGUUCCACUUCUUCACAAAUAUUUUAUCUUGAUUUCGGUAAAGCAGUUCGUCGAAAUCUGUUCUCUUCAAAUUUUACAUAAUUAGUCUUAAAUAGGUAAUGCAUAUAUACUGUAGUGUGCAUUUUUUAUCUUUAUAAAUAAUAGUGAGUAUACUGCUAAUUUAAAAUAAUCCCUCCUGACUGAGCCUUUGCUCGCCCACCUGUCCUGCUGAAUCUGGAAAGGCCUACGGGCGCCCAGUAAUACGUCAUUCAUAAAAAUAAUAAUAAUAAUAAACGGUUCUUCAAAACAUUAAAAAAAAGUGUUAAAUUCUAGUCUUUGAUUAUAAUAGAAUUAAAUGUUGGAUCAGUUCUUAUCUUGCCCACUUUCGAAUUAGAACAAGCAGUAAUUUAGUCUAGAAAUAAGAGAAAGGAUCUGUGAAAUAUUUAAUGUUUUAAUUUUAUAAAAGAAUAUAUAAUGUUCUGUUUUUUUGUUAUUGUAUAAUAUUGACGUCAAUAUCUCCUGCUAUUAUCAUUAUAUUUUCUGUUUUUGAAUACUUGUGAUCUUCUAUAAUUUCAUGGGUUAUUUUUUAUAAUAUAAAUAUUUUUUGGUUUUAUUGGUUUAUUCAAUAAUUUAAUCGUUUUCUUAGUAAUUGUGGAAACACUGAUAUUGAAUUGUAUAAUAAAUUGCGUAGUUUUAUUGCUCAGUACUAAUUGGUAUUAUGCACAUACAUAAUAAUAUUAGGAAUUCAUAACAUCAAAGUUAACAGCAAUAUAAUUUAAAAAAUCGGUAUGUUGAUUGUAGGUUGACUUUAAAAAGUUUGUCUUUAGGAUCUACAUUAUCAUAAAUAAUUUUAACUGUAAAACAAUAAUGUUAUGUAGAUAUUUAGAAUGUAUAAAAUAUAUUUAUUGAUAUACUAUUGUGAUAAAAAAAAGUUUUUCGAUUCAAUUUUAUAUUACCAAUCCAGUGUAUUAAAUUAAUGUAUGACAAUUAUUGUAAAUGAAACACAGCCUGGGUCAUAGUUAUAUUGCACUAACAGAGCAAUUGAAGCCCAUGGAUGGAUGUAUGUACAGCAAAAAAGAAAAAAAAGAAUAAAAAUAGUAUAGUAUUAUAAAAGUGUAUUCUGUAAUGAAAUUAUAAAAAGGAAUUGUCUUUAAGAAAAGAAUAAAAAAUACAAGCACCUUUGUAAUUAUUUAAGAAACAUGUUCAUUCACCAGCUAAUUAAAAAAACGACAAAUUUAUGUCCUGUUAUUAUACAAAAUCCAAGCUUGUGUAAGUAAUAAGUUUGGGCUGUGUUUAUUUUAUGAAAUAUAGAAAUUUCUGUUACUGUUUCAAAUAUAUGUAUAAUUCUUUAGUAUGACAUGUAUAAUUAAAUCAUAUUACAUAUUAUGUUACUUUAUAAUAAUUUGAAAUAAAUAUUGUUUUCACAAA